CUUACUUCCAAAACCACUUUUCAACAUGACAUAAAAAGCAAACCCCGGCUCUUCCAGCCAGAAACUCGCCGUUUUCAGUCUUCGCAGCAUCCCAGCGGUACCAAUUUACCAACUUAGUUUUCUUCUUUUUAUUUUUUUUUCUUACCCUCCCUCCCCCCCGCUGCACGGACACCCCUCCCCUGUAGCUCAUCAUCCAUUCCCGGAGAUAAAUCCAUUCCCUGGGAAUUAAAGGAGCUUGCUCGUCUUUUUGUUUGUUCACUCCGGGGAUCCGCAUGGAUGUGGCAGCGGUAGAGGGGAUGUCUCUGCCGGGUAUCCGACUCCGGAAUCGGCCGACGCAAGUGAUGCCGAACCAGAAGAAGGUCAGGGCGAGACGGAAAAGACGAAAGGAGUUGCUUUUGAUCCAGAUAUGCUUGUUCGGCGGCUUGCUCCUGGUCGUGACGGGGUUCUCCUACUUAGCGGAACAUUCAGGCUUCGCCGUCUCCAGCCCCAGCAGCGAGGACCAGGGGAGAUGGGGAGGGAGGAGGCUACUGCAGGAAAUGGACAACAGCAGCCUGGAGGAAAUGGAGAGUGAAGGCUCUAAGAACUGCACUCCUCCAGCUCUGCACGAGUUCCCUACAGACCUGUUCACACACAAGGAGAGAACUGAAGGAGCUGUGGCCCUGCAUGUCCUUUGUACCAUUUACAUGUUCUGUGCCCUGGCCCUCGUCUGUGAUGACUACUUCGUGCCCUCCCUGGAGAAGCUGUGUGAGCGUCUCCAUCUCAGCGAGGACGUAGCAGGUGCCACCUUCAUGGCCGCUGGCAGCUCGGCCCCUGAGCUCUUCACGUCCAUCAUAGGGGUGUUUAUCACCAAAGGUGACGUGGGUGUGGGGACCAUCGUGGGUUCAGCUGUCUUCAACAUCCUCUGCAUCAUCGGCGUGUGUGGCUUCUUCGCCGGCCAGGCAGUGAAGCUCUCUCAUUGGGCUCUACUCAGAGAUUCAACUUAUUACAUAUUUUCUAUCACGGCCCUCAUUGUGUUCAUCUACGAUGAGAAGGUGUGCUGGUGGGAGUCUCUUGUCCUGAUCCUCAUGUAUGCAGUCUACAUCCUCAUCAUGAAGUUUAACGGCAGGGCACAUCGCUACUUUGACCGUCGAAAGAAGAGCUCUAUGAGUCUGGCCAAUGGGCUGACAGGAAGCACUGAUCUGGAGGAUAAUGUCACGUGUGACGCUACUGCAGUCCUGCUCAAGAAAGCUAACUUCCACUGUAAGCCGUCGGUGCUGAUGGUUGAUGAGCUGCUGUCUGCAUACCCCCACCAGCUGUCUUUCUCUGAGGCCGGUAUGAGGAUCAUGAUCACCAGUCAUUUCUCCCCCAGAACCCGCCUCACCAUGGCCUCUCGCAUGCUGAUCAACGAGAGGCAAAGACUGAUCAACACCACUGAGACUAGAGUCAACCGCAUCACCAACGGCGACUCUGACUCAGCCGCCAGGCCUCAGGGGAGGCGGGGCUUAGAGAAUGGGCUGAGCGGAUCUGAACAGGGUCUGAACGGGAGAUGCAGACUUCAGCGGCUGGAGUCUGGCAACGAGACAGAAAAUGAAAAUGAGGAUAAUGAAAACAAUGAGAACGACGAGGAGGGAGAGGGAGAAGAUGACGAUAAUGGCCCCCUGGUGCCUUUCAAAGUUCCAGCUGGGGGGUGUAACAAGCUGAAGUGGCUGACCAUGUGGCCGCUGUCCUUGCUCUUGUUCUUCACCGUGCCUAACUGUGCCAAGCGCCGCUGGGAGAGAUGGUUCAUGGUCUCCUUCUUCACUGCCACCAUCUGGAUCGCUGGCCUCUCCUACAUCAUGGUCUGGAUGGUGACUGUGAUCGGUUUCACUCUCGGCAUUCCUGAUGUUAUCAUGGGCAUCACCUUCCUAGCAGCAGGCACCAGCGUCCCAGACUGCAUGGCCAGUGUUAUUGUUGCACGGCAAGGUCUGGGAGACAUGGCCAUCUCCAACUCCAUAGGCAGUAAUGUGUUUGACAUACUGGUGGGCCUGGGCCUGCCGUGGGCACUGCAAACACUCUGCAUCGACUACGGCUCCUAUAUCCAUCUCAACAGCAGAGGUCUCAUAUUCUCUGUUGGACUCUUACUUGCCUCAGUAUUCGUCACAGUUCUUGGUGUCCAUUUGAACAAAUGGACUCUGGAUUGGCGACUGGGCUUGGCCUGCCUCAUCUUGUACGCCAUCUUUUUAUGCUUCUCCAUCCUGAUUGAGUUCAACGUCUUCAUCUUCGUCAACCUUCCCAUGUGCCGAGACAUCCACUGACCUCCCUCCUUUUCUUCUUCUUCUUCCUCUGGCUUAUGGAGGAAACCUCAUCUGGCUUCCGGGUUCUCGGCGCCUUGGAACCAAGUCCUACCUUUUAUUUUUUAAAUAGAAAAAUAGAGCUCUAUAUGAUUUAUCUUUGGUGCAAUACACAAAAGAGAGAAGACAACGGAAGUUUGGUUUAUUUGGGACCAGACGGGAGGCGUGAGAAGAAAGUCCCAGCAGCAGAGAUUGCUGCCAAUCGUCUAAUGAACUGAAAGGUUGGCUGGAGUUAAUAUAACUGUAUAAACACCGACAGUUAGGCUACUGUUGGUGAAGAAGCUGCUACUGUAACUGACUGACUGGUCAAAAGAGAGAAGUCUUGCGCUAACAGCGAUUUUUAGCUGGAUUGUUUGUUACUCUUUGUACAAGUUUGAAUAUAAGCACAUGAUUAAGGUAUUUUUAAGUAAAAACCGGCUUUCUCUGUAUAUAUUUGAGCAUUAUAUAUUAUAUUAUAAGUACUAAUAUUAGCUGAUAUAUGGGAUUCUCUUAUGCACAACUGGAUCAGUCUUGCAAAGCUGAAUGAUCUGAUGACAGUGGCAAUACUGUUAUUUUUUAAUGAUUUGUUCUGCCAGUCAUACACUCAAAAUACUUCUACAUGUCUCCCAUGCUCAGUAACAGCCAACACAGCAUGCUGGACGAGCCACAAGUCAACGCUUUGCACUGAGAGAAUCUAAAUAUUUAACACUAUUCGCAUAGUCUAUUCAUGUUUGUUUUUCUGUCUCUCUACAGGCAUUUCUGUGUAGGCGGGGUGGGGGGGGGGGGCUUUCUUUUCUUUAAUAAAACCCUCAUAGGAAAGGGAUCUCCCUGGAACUAACAUCCAGCACUGUCACUUUAUUGAUUAGAGAUAUUAUUCUAUCAUUUCAAAGCCUCUGCAGGUACUCUAAACAUGUAACUACUGAAUUUAAAGUUCCCUCUAGACGGUAGACCUCUUACAAUAUUACAGAAUUAGGUUUUAGUAUCUGAGUUGAGUUUAACAUUGUUACUUCUUAAAGCCAAAAGUAUUUUUAGAAUAGGUGUAAGGUCGUAGAUUUGGACUUCAGUCAGCUUGAGUGCACAGUGUGUGUGUGUGUGUGUGUGUGUGUGUGUGUGUGUGUGUGUGUGUGUGUGUGUGUGUGUGUGUGUGUGUGUGUGUCACACUCUCGAGGGGAACCAAGGACACCACUGUUACUGGGAAGACAUAAUCAUGAUUUAUUUAUGAAUUAAUUUAUUCAAAGAUCAUGUCUAAGCACCAGUUUCAGCCCUUUGGAUCAUGUACAGUGUAUUAAAUGGAACGUUCUCCGCUCUUUGACCACGGAGCUGUACAAUGUACUAUACCUAAUAUAUAAUCUCAGUACUGGAAACUGACUUGAUGUUGUUUAUAUUUAAGAAUAGAACUUUAUAAUUUAUAAGUUUUGUAUAGUUUGGAAAGAUAUCGCAACAUUUGUAUAUUGGUACAAACACAGUGGUUUCCGACGAUGAUGCGCGGCAGGGUUGAGUUGCCUUGGAGAUGUUGUCAUUUGGUGAGAUGGACUGAAAUGCAGUCUUUAUCACUGGUCCUAACAUGGGUGGAAGCUGUCGCUAAUCCCAUUGCAUGUUGAAAUAGUGAUGAAUCAUGGUUGUAAAAGAUUCACUUUCAGAUAAUAAAAAAAGGAACUGCACACCGAUGGCACACCACCUUUUGAACUUUCACGACAUAUUGUUUCUUAAACACAUUGCUUGAACUCUUGUGCCAUCCCUUGUUGGUUGUGGCCAUUCUCCUGCUUGUAUUUGAGCCAAAGAAACACCUUUGUCAACAGUAUUGUCACUCUGUUCCAGCAUGUGUUGUGGAAGAUGUGUAUUUUUUUGGACUUUUAUUUUUACCUUGAAGGAUUCUUAUUCAGUUAUCAGGUUCUUAGAGUUGCUGAUAUAUUAAAAGCGUCCUCUGUAGGUGUUGUUGCCUCUCCUGCAGCCACAAGAGAGCGCUGUAGCGCUGUGUUACAUCUUCACAGAUGGCUGCUUCAUUCAGUAGUAAGUGGUUAUAUUUUCAGGUAGGCUACAUAGAAACAAAUACUGGUCUGUUUGCAUGCCUCUUUCAUAAUUCAGAUUAUUUUGUGUGUAAUUUUAAUGCAUUUCCAAGAUCAAAAAGGCACUGUCUUGAUUAUGCUGUACAUAUCAGAGGGAUAUGCUAUUAUAAUGAUGUUGGAAUAACUUCUGAUGAGAUAUAUACAGUAUUUAGAAUGUAGGCCUACAACAGUUAGUUUUCAGCUAAUUAAUGUUGUUUUAUGCUCAUGUCUUUUGAAUUUGUUUGUAAAUCCUCGUUUUUGUUGAUGAGGACCUCUGGGCAGAGCUCAGAGUCAGAGAGAGUUGAAGAUGUUGGCUUUUGUUCCCAGUGGUCUUCUUGCAAUAAACUGAUUUACAUACAUGAAA